UUCUCCGAUCUUAUCUUUUUCUCUAUAAAAAUUCCUCUCUCGCUUCCGAUCGGUUCUUCGAAGAAGAGAAGAGCCGAAAGCCGAAGGAUAGAUGUUAGGGUUUCGUAGCGGCCAUGGGCUCUUCGCCGUCGCGGUGGCGGUGCUGCUGGCGGUGGUUUCCGCCGCUUUCUUCGAGCCCUUCAACGUGAGCUACGAUCACCGCGCUCUCCUCAUCGGCGGCAAGCGCCGGAUGCUCAUCUCAGCUGGAAUCCACUACCCUCGAGCCACACCCGAGAUGUGGCCCGGUCUGAUUGCUAAGAGCAAGGAGGGUGGGGCAGAUGUCGUACAAACUUAUGUAUUUUGGAAUGGGCAUGAGCCAACUAGAGGUCAGUAUAACUUUGAAGGAAGAUAUGAUAUUGUGAAGUUUGCGAAGUUGAUUGGAUCCCAAGGGCUAUAUCUUCAUCUCCGUAUUGGUCCUUAUGUCUGUGCUGAAUGGAAUUUUGGGGGUUUUCCAGUUUGGUUACGUGAUAUCCCUGGAAUAGAGUUCCGAACUGACAAUGAACCAUUCAAGGAUGAGAUGCAAAGAUUUGUAAAAAAGAUCAUGGAUCUGAUGAAACAGGAAAUGCUUUUUUCGUGGCAAGGGGGUCCAAUCAUACUAGUGCAGAUUGAAAAUGAAUACGGAAAUAUUGAAGGUCAAUAUGGUCAAGGUGGGAAAGAGUAUGUUCGAUGGGCUGCCAAGAUGGCACUUGGCCUCGACGCUGGAGUUCCCUGGGUCAUGUGCAAGCAAACUGAUGCUCCAGAAAACAUUAUAGAUUCCUGCAAUGCAUUUUAUUGUGAUGGUUUUCGACCGAAUUCUUAUAAGAAGCCAGCAUUUUGGACAGAGGAUUGGAAUGGAUGGUAUGCUUCUUGGGGUGGAAGGCUGCCUCAUAGACCUGUCAGAGAUAAUGCAUUUGCUGUUGCUCGUUUCUUCCAACGUGGGGGAAGCUUUCAAAAUUAUUACAUGUUUUUUGGUGGAACAAAUUUUGGCCGGACAGCUGGAGGUCCCUUCCAAAUAACUAGUUAUGAUUAUGAUGCUCCAAUUGAUGAAUAUGGUCUGCUAACCCAGCCCAAGUGGGGACAUUUAAAGGAUCUGCAUGCUGCUAUAAAGCUUUGUGAACCAGCUCUUGUUGUUGUUGAUGAUUCACCCCAGUAUGUAAAACUAGGAUCAAUGCAAGAGGCACAUAUAUAUUCCAGUGAACGUGUGGAUACAAAUAGAAAUCUCUCAGAAAGCAAAAGCAUUUGCUCAGCAUUCCUUGCAAAUAUUGAUGAACACAAAUCAGCUACAGUGAAAAUCUUUGGUGAAGUUUAUUCACUACCACCCUGGUCUGUGAGCAUAUUACCAGAUUGUAAAAAUGUGGCUUUCAACACUGCCAAGGUAGGGUCUCAGGUUUCAAUCAAAACGGUUGAAUCUGGUUCUCCUAGUUAUUCAAACAUAACAGGACCUGGAGAGUUACUACUUCAUAAUGAAGGUUUUUUUAUCUCAAACACCUGGAUGACUUUGAAAGAAUCAAUUGGUGCAUGGGGUGAUAACAGCUUCACAGCUUAUGGCAUAUUAGAACAUUUAAAUGUGACGAAGGAUACCUCUGAUUAUUUAUGGUAUAUUACCAGAAUAAAUGUUUCUGAUGAGGAUAUUGCAUUUUGGGAGGAAAUGGAUGUUCUUCCAUUGCUUACAAUUGAUAAAACACGCGAUGUGGUUCGAGUAUUUGUAAAUGGUCAGCUCUCAGGCAGUAAAUUUGGCAAUUGGGUUCCACUGAAGCAAUCUCUUCAUUUGGUUCAGGGAUGCAAUGAAUUAGUUUUAUUAUCGGAGACUGUUGGCUUGCAGAAUUAUGGUGCUUUCCUUGAGAAAGAUGGAGCAGGAUUUAGAGGUCAAAUAAAACUGACUGGCUUCAAAAAUGGGGAUAUUGAUCUUUCCAAGUCUCUUUGGACAUAUCAGAUUGGGUUAAAAGGGGAGUUCGCAGAACUAUAUGCUCCAGAGAAACAGAAAAAUGCAGAUUGGACUGACUUGAAUCUUGAUUCUCUACCAUCUGCUUUUACAUGGUACAAGACAACAUUUGAUGCCCCAGAAGGUGAUGAUCCUGUUGCUCUUGAUCUGGGGAGCAUGGGGAAGGGCCAGGCUUGGGUUAAUGGUCAUAGCAUUGGACGAUACUGGUCACUAAUUGCCCCAGAAACUGGAUGUCCUAAAUCUUGUAACUAUCGUGGAGCUUAUAAUGAAAACAAGUGCACAACAAACUGUGGGCUACCUACUCAGAGCUGGUACCAUAUCCCAAGAGCGUGGCUGCAGUCUUCCAACAAUCUUCUUGUCAUCUUUGAGGAGACCGGUGGGAACCCAUUGAAAAUAUCACUGAGGGUGCACUCUACCAAAACAAUCUGUGGAAAAAUGUCUGAGACUCAUUAUCCACCUCUCUCCACCUGGUCCCAUCCAGAUUUUAUCAAUGGAAAGAUUUCAAUCAACCAGGUUGCACCACAAAUGCACCUACAAUGUGAUGAUGGACAUAUGAUCUCUGCAGUAAAAUUUGCAAGCUACGGUACUCCACAUGGUAGCUGCCAAAACUACUCCCUUGGCAAAUGUCAUGCAUCAACUUCAUUGUCUUUGGUGACGAAGGCAUGUCAAGGAAAAAAUAAUUGCACAAUCGAAGUUUCAAACACAAACUUUGGGGACCCAUGUCGAGGCACAGUCAAAGCUUUAGCAGUUGAAGCAGAAUGCACAUCACUGACCGAUACCAAAAUGCUUCUAGGUUCUUGGUAGUAAAAGGAGUACCAGAAAUGCAGGUUGAUGAGGAAGGGUAUGCAUUUGUGAUAUCAUUGCAUUCAUGGAUUGCAUAUUCACCGCUCAGUUUGUUUGAUGGAAAUAUCUGAAUCAGGGUGGAACAUUCUUGUCUCGUAUUCAUCGUGUAUGUAUAUUGACUCGAAACAUGUUUUUCUAGAAAGUACAGGCAUGUCUUUCACGAGGAGGUUGUUAAGAUCACUGUCAUCUAGCCAUUGCAAUUCCCAGUCGGAAGGGAUUCAUAAUAAAGGGCAUUUCUUCA